AUGUCAGACAUCUCGGAUUUUCAUUCCGAGGAAGAACAACGAUUGUUCAGACCGUUUACCAGAGAAUCCCUAGCUGCCAUCGAACAACGAAUUGCUCAAGAAAAUGAAAAAUUUAAAGAAUUGGAAAAGAAAAGAGCGGACGGAGAGGUAUACAUAUUUAGGUUUUCAGCGACAAACGCCAUGUGGAUAUUGGAUCCGUUUAACCCAAUUAGAAGAGUAGCAAUUUAUAUUUUAGUUCAUCCAUUAUUUUCAUUAUUUAUUAUAACCACAAUAUUAACCAAUUGUAUUCUAAUGAUAAUGCCUACGACUCCAGCCGUGGAAUCCACCGAAGUUAUAUUCACUGGAAUCUACACUUUCGAGUCUGCCGUUAAGGUCAUGGCCAGGGGGUUUAUCCUCCAACCUUUCACAUACCUUAGGGACGCAUGGAAUUGGCUUGACUUCAUAGUUAUUUCAUUAGCUUACGUAACAAUGGGUAUAGAUUUGGGUAAUUUGGCUGCUCUAAGAACAUUCAGAGUAUUAAGAGCUCUAAAAACGGUAGCUAUAGUUCCAGGAUUAAAAACUAUCGUUGGAGCUGUAAUAGAAUCGGUGAAAAAUCUUCGAGACGUAAUUAUAUUAACAAUGUUUUCCCUUUCUGUAUUUGCACUGAUGGGACUUCAAAUAUAUAUGGGAGUUCUUACACAAAAAUGUAUUAGAAAUUUUCCAAUGGAUGGCUCGGUGGGAAAUUUAACGGAUGAAAAUUGGAAACAAUUUUGCGAAAAUACAAGUAACUGGUUGUUUAACGAAGCAAAAGGAGAAUAUCCACUUUGCGGAAACUCUACCGGAGCGGGGCAAUGCGGUUCUAAUUAUACGUGCCUACAAGGUUUUGGUCCUAAUCCCGACUACGGUUAUACAAGUUUUGAUUCUUUCGGUUGGGCUUUUCUAUCUUCGUUCCGACUCAUGACUCAGGAUUUUUGGGAAAAUUUAUAUCAACAAGUUUUGAGAUCGGCUGGACCGUGGCAUAUGCUUUUCUUUAUCGUUAUUAUUUUCCUCGGAUCAUUUUAUUUAGUGAAUUUGAUUUUAGCCAUUGUUGCCAUGUCAUACGAUGAAUUACAAAAAAAAGCAGAAGAAGAAGAAGCUGCUGAGGAAGAAGCCAUGCGUGAGGCUGAAGCAGCAGCUGAAGCAAAAGAAAACAGGGCAGCAGCAAGAGCAGCAGCUGCUGCGGGAAGAGCAGAAGCAGCCGCUGCAGCCGAUAGGGGAGAAUUUGUUAAAUCUCCUUCUAAUUCAUCAUGGCAAAGUUAUGAACUGUUUGUCGGACAAGAAAAAGGAAAUGAUGAUAACAACAAAGAAAGAAUCAGUAUACAAUCAGAAGGAGGGGAUUCAAUAAGCGAACAAAGGUCAAGGUUAAAUGCAACUAAAUUUCGGAAAGUCAGCGCAACUAGUUUAAGUUUACCUGGUUCUCCAUUUAAUGUAAGAAGAAGUUCCCGAGGGUCUCAUCAAUUCACCGUUAGAAAUGGAACCGGUCGCGGAAGAUUUGUUGGACCUCCGACAGGAGAUAGAAAACCUUUGGUUUUAUCUACAUACCUCGACGCACAAGAGCAUUUGCCGUAUGCAGAUGAUUCAAAUGCCGUAACUCCCAUGUCGGAAGAAAAUGGCGCCAUGGUAGUACCCAUGUUUUAUGCAAAUCUUGGCUCUCGACAUUCGUCGUACACUUCUCACGCAAGUAGAAUGUCUUAUACUUCUCACGGAGAUUUAUUGGGAAGUUUCGGUGGAAACGGAAAAGGAAGAACAAAAGAGAGUCAAUUACGGGAUCGAAAUAGAGCCUUGAGAUGUAGUCAAAGGGGUUUACCCAUAACGGAACAGCCGACAUCUAAAUUUCGAGAAAUUGAAGAAAACGAAGAUGGUAAUUGCAAAGAAAAAUAUCGUCGACAAUCAGAUAAUCCCUUUAUAGAGCCAAUGCAUAAUCAACCGACAGUGGAUAUGAAUGACGUCAUGGUAUUAAAUGAUAUUAUAGAACAAGCUGGUAGACAAAGUACGGUCAGCGAUCACGGAGUGGCGACAUAUUAUUUCCCAGUGGACGAAGAUGAAGAAGGACCAUCAUCGAGAGACAGAGCAUUAGCUCUUUGUAUGAAAUGCAUCGACAUAUUUUGCGUUUGGGACUGCUGUUGGGCCUGGCUCAAGUUUCAAGAAUUUGUGGCCUUACUUGUAUUCGACCCAUUCGUCGAAUUAUUCAUAACUUUAUGUAUUGUUGUUAACACACUAUUUAUGGCUUUGGAUCAUCACGACAUGGAUAAAGACAUGGACAGAGCAUUGAAGAGUGGAAAUUAUUUUUUUACCGCAACGUUUGCCAUUGAAGCAACUUUAAAACUCAUUGCAAUGAGUCCAAAAUUUUAUUUUCAAGAAGGUUGGAACAUAUUUGAUUUUAUUAUCGUGGCCUUGUCAUUAUUGGAACUUGGACUGGAAAACGUUCAAGGGCUUUCCGUGUUACGUUCAUUUAGGCUGUUAAGAGUCUUCAAAUUGGCCAAAUCGUGGCCAACGUUAAAUUUAUUAAUUUCAAUUAUGGGUCGAACUGUUGGAGCUUUGGGUAAUUUAACAUUCGUCCUUUGCAUUAUCAUAUUCAUAUUUGCCGUUAUGGGAAUGCAACUUUUUGGAAAAAAUUACACGGAUAAUGUCGAUCGAUUUAUGGAUAAAGAACUUCCCAGAUGGAAUUUCACUGAUUUUAUGCAUUCAUUCAUGAUAGUUUUUAGAGUUUUAUGCGGUGAAUGGAUUCAAUCAAUGUGGGAUUGUAUGCUUGUGGGUGAUUAUUCUUGCAUACCUUUUUUCCUGGCCACUGUUGUUAUUGGUAAUUUAGUUGUCCUUAAUCUUUUUCUGGCUUUGUUACUCUCAAAUUUCGGUUCCUCUAGUUUAUCUGCUCCCACCGCUGACAAUGAUACAAAUAAAAUCGCUGAGGCUUUUAAUAGAAUAUCCAGAUUUAACGCAUGGGUAAAACGAAGCAUUUUAAACUUUUUGAAAAUGCUCCGAGCGAAAAUAUCAAAUCAAAUCGGCGAUCAUACAGGGCUCCCAGAUGGACGCGAUAGAGACACGGAUUUAGAACUUGGAGAUGAAAUAUUGGUUGAUGGCAUGGUUUUCAGGGAUAAAAAGAAUUCAAAAGAUCAAUUGGAAGUUGCCAUAGGAGAUGGAAUGGAAUUUACAAUUCACGGGGAUUUUAAAGAAAAAUUAAGAAGAAGCAAAAUGGCUUUGAAUAAUAAAAACAAUGUUAUUGGUAAUUCAUAUGCCGGUCUUAAUUCAGACAAUCGAUUUGAAAGCGACUACAUAACUCACAACGAAGAGGAUACGUAUAGCAACAUAUCCUACGGGAGUCACAGAAAAAGAAUUUAUAAAGAUGAAAGUCAUAAAGGUUCAAUCGACACGUUCGAGGAAGACGAAAAGGGAGAUAUGAGUAAAGAAGAAGAUGAAGAAAUGGAUGAAGAAGAAGAAGGUGAAAGUAUACCGGAAAUAGAUGUUAUAAUAGAUGCUAAUAUGGAAGAUGUUAUGUUACAAGAUUAUCCGUCGGAUUGUUGUCCAGAUCAUUGCUAUAAAAGAUUUCCAUUUCUUGCCGGCGACGAUGAUGCGCCUUUUUGGCAAGGUUGGAGCAAUUUACGUCUCAAAACAUUUCAAUUAAUUGAAAAUAAAUAUUUUGAAACAGCUGUGAUCACGAUGAUUCUUUUAAGUAGUCUUGCUUUGAAUCUUUACGGUUAUUUUUUUAUUGAAAUGUUAAUAAAAUGGUUGGCUUUAGGAUUUAAAGAAUAUUUCACUAACGCUUGGUGCUGGUUGGAUUUUGUUAUCGUAAUGGUUUCCUUGAUAAACUUCGUGGCCUCAUUGUGUGGUGCCGGUGGCAUUCAGGCAUUCAAAACAAUGAGAACUCUCAGAGCACUUCGUCCUUUAAGAGCCAUGUCUAGAAUGCAAGGAAUGAGGGUUGUUGUUAACGCAUUAGUUCAAGCUAUACCAUCCAUUUUUAAUGUACUUCUCGUCUGUUUAAUAUUUUGGCUCAUAUUUGCCAUUAUGGGUGUUCAAUUGUUCGCCGGAAAAUAUUUUAAGUGUUUAGAUCAUAAUAAGGAAGUUGUCAAUCAUGAAAUUAUCGGUGACAGCAUCGCAUGCGCCGCGGAAAAUUACACUUGGGAAAAUUCGAGAAUGAAUUUCGAUCAUGUCGGAAAAGCUUAUUUAUGUUUGUUUCAAGUGGCUACAUUCAAAGGAUGGAUAGAAAUUAUGAAUGAUGCAAUAGACAGCAGAGAGCCCUGGAACCUUUUUGACUUUGUCGUCGUCAUUCUUUCUAUUCUCGGGCUCGUGCUCAGCGACAUUAUUGAAAAAUAUUUUGUUUCACCGACUCUUUUGAGAGUGGUACGUGUGGCUAAAGUCGGAAGAGUUCUUCGAUUGGUAAAAGGAGCCAAAGGAAUCAGAACGCUUCUUUUUGCAUUGGCCAUGUCACUUCCCGCUCUUUUCAACAUAUGCCUCUUACUUUUCUUGGUCAUGUUCAUAUUUGCCAUAUUUGGUAUGUCUUUUUUCAUGCACGUGAAACCCAAUAGCGGAAUAGACGACGUGUACAAUUUUCAAACGUUCGGCCAGUCCAUGAUUCUUUUGUUUCAAAUGUCGACGUCCGCGGGUUGGGACGGAGUUUUAAAUGGAAUCAUUAACGAGGAAGAUUGCGACGUUCCAGACAACGAAAUGGGGUUUCCAGGAAAUUGCGGAAAUUCUACCAUCGGUAUAACGUUUCUUCUAAGUUAUUUGGUAAUAAGUUUUUUAAUUGUUAUUAACAUGUACAUUGCGGUGAUAUUGGAAAAUUACUCUCAAGCCACGGAAGACGUACAAGAGGGUCUAACGGACGAUGAUUACGAUAUGUAUUACGAAAUUUGGCAAAAUUUCGAUCCCGACGGGACGCGUUACAUUCGUUACGAUCAGUUAUCUGAAUUCCUAGAUGUUUUAGAACCUCCCUUGCAAAUUCAUAAACCUAACAAAUAUAAAAUAGUGUCGAUGGAUAUUCCUAUUUGCAAAGGAGAUAAAAUGUUUUGUGUCGAUAUAUUGGAUGCUUUGACUAAAGAUUUUUUCGCGAGAAAGGGGAAUCCGAUAGAAGAAACGGUAGAAUUGGGAGAAGUACAAGCACGUCCCGACGAAGCGGGUUACGAACCCGUAUCGAGCACUCUAUGGCGUCAGAGAGAAGAAUAUUGCGCCAGAUUGAUUCAAAACGCAUGGAGAAAACACAAACAGCAACGAGUCGGAACGGAUAACGAAGAAGAAAAACCGGAAAGCGGUUCUAGGACACCGGAAGCGGGUGGUCCCGGUUCAAAAGAUCAAAGUCCGACGGAUUCUUCGAACGCGAGACAAACGGAAAUAUUAGUUGAAAGCGAUGGUUUCGUUACAAAAAAUGGGCACAAAGUUGUGAUACAUUCACGAUCACCGAGUAUCGGUUCUAAACAAGCAGAUGUCUGA